AUGGGAACCUACAAAGUAUACGGUCUCAUUUUCUCUGUAUUUUUAUGUUUAACUUUGAGUUAUAGCAAACGAGUUCUCCUCACUUAUGAAGGAGCUGGCUAUGGAGUUGGACAUGGCGGUGGUGCAGGAGAAGGAUACGGUGCUGGUGCUGGUGGUAUUGGAGGUUAUGGUGGCGGAGGAGGCAAAGGUGGAGGUGGUGGUGGUGGAUAUGCAGGUGUAGGAGACCAUGGUGCUGGUGGUUAUGGAGGUGGUGCUGGUGGUGGAGAAGGUGGUGGCGCUGGAUAUGGAGGUGUAGCUGGACAUGGUGGUGGUGGUGGAGGUGGUAAAGGAGGUGGUGGUGGAGGUGGAAUUGGAGGUGGGGAUGUCGGAUAUGGGGCAGGUGGAGGUGCCGGUUCAGGAUAUGGUGGUGGUGGUGGUGGAGAACAUAGUGGUGGUGGUGGUGGGGGAAGUGGAGGAGGUGCUGGUGGUGGUUAUGCUGGUGGAGCUGGCGGUGGCCAUGCCGGUGGUUAUGGUGCGGGGCAAGGAGGUGGUUCCGGAGGUGGAUAUGGUGGCGGUGGCAUUGGACAUGGAGGAGGUGGAGGAGGAGGAAGUGGUGGUGGUGGAGGUGGGGGAGCAGGGUAUGGACCUGGAGCAGGACAUGGAGGUGGAUAUGGUAGUGGUGGAGGAUAUGGUGAAGGUGCUGGUGCUGGUGCUGGUGGAGGUCCUUAUGGUGGUGGUGGAGGCCCCUAUGGUGGUGGUGGGGGCGGUGGAUCUGGUGGUGGAGGCGGUGGCGGAUAUGGACAUGAAGUUGGAUAUGGUAGUGGUGGCGGCGGUGGUGCAGGAGGUGGUUAUGGUGGUGGUUACGCCCCUUAG